UUUAAAUUGCGCUUAGCCAAGCAGCCAGCCGCAGAGUGCUUGACUAGCCAGGCCAGAAGCAGCUGGCACUUUCUCUCAGGCCCGAAAGCGGGGUCAAAACGCUUUCCCAACGGGCGGUUCCUCAGUCAACGCUGGCAACUGAACGCGCGAGCAAUGGAAAAGACGCCUCUCGAGUUUCCUCACAAAAUUCGCGAUGUGGAUGAGGCCACCAAUGCGGAGUUAUUAAACUACUUCCAUGGCGAGCGAACUGGCUUCGUUCAGGUUGGUUCAGAGGGAUAUUUCUUUCCCCACAAGUACAAGGAGGAGGCCGAGAGGUAUUACAACUUUGAGGCACGUCCGGAUGAUGUCUGGAUAGCCACGGUGCCCAGAUCGGGGACCACUUGGACGCAGGAGCUCAUUUGGCUGGUGGCCAAUGGGCUAGAUUACGAGCAGGCUCAGCAAAGGCCUUUAACUGAACGCUUUCCUUUCUUAGAAUUUCCUCUUUUUGUGCAUCCCAAAGUCAAAGAGGAGCUGCAGGAGGAGAACAGCAAUUCAUCUGAGGCCCUGGAGUUCAUUGAGAAAAUUUCCCGACCGGGUUACGAGGUUCUAAGCGAGCUGCCCCGCUCCCAAAGGCGAUUUAUCAAAACGCAUUUUCCUUUUUCUUUGAUGCCGCCCAGUGUGCUGGAAAAUAAAUGCAAGGUGAUCUAUGUGGUACGCGAUCCCAAGGAUGUGGCGGUUUCCUAUUACCAUUUGAACAGGCUCUUCCGCACUCAGGGCUACGUUGGAGAUUUUGAGCGCUACUGGCGCUACUUUCAACGAGGAUUAAAUCCCUGGCUCCCUUACUAUAGUCAUGUAAAGGAGGCUCGCCAGCUUGCCCAUCUGGAGAAUGUGCUCUUCCUGCGCUACGAAGACAUGUUGGUGGAUCUGCCAGGCGCCGUUCACAGCAUAGCCAACUUCCUGGAGAGCCCAGUGAAGCCGGAGGAUCUCGAUGGGCUACUCGAUCACCUGAGCAUUAAGAGUUUUCGGGAGAACAAGUCUGUAAACAUGCACGAAAUGGCCUCCGUGGGAAUCCUAAACAAGGGAGAAGCCGGAUUCGUACGCAGUGGAGCCAAAACGGAACGCCAGCCGCAGCAGGAGUUCGUCGAGAAUCCCAAGCUGUUACAAAGCGCCAACGAGUGGGUGGAACAGAACGUUAAGUGCUUCAAGACCAUAUAAAAUACAUGACUAACUUUA